UGUAUCAUGGCUCGCACGAAGCAGACGGCUCGCAAGUCCACCGGCGGCAAGGCGCCCCGCAAGCAGCUCGCCACCAAGGCAGCCCGCAAGAGCGCGCCGGCCACCGGCGGCGUCAAGAAGCCCCACCGCUACCGGCCCGGCACCGUGGCCCUGCGCGAGAUCCGCCGCUACCAGAAGUCCACCGAGCUGCUGAUCCGCAAGCUGCCGUUCCAGCGCCUGGUGCGCGAGAUCGCGCAGGACUUCAAGACCGACCUGCGCUUCCAGAGCUCGGCCGUGAUGGCGCUGCAGGAGGCCUGCGAGGCCUACCUGGUGGGGCUGUUUGAGGACACCAACCUGUGUGCCAUCCACGCCAAGCGCGUCACCAUCAUGCCUAAGGACAUCCAGCUAGCCCGCCGCAUCCGCGGAGAGCGGGCGUAGUUAUACUAACAUCUUUUCUUUGAGACUUAAACCAAAGGCUCUUUUCAGAGCC